UCUCGGUCAUUUGCACCAGAAUGACUCACGUUUCGGGAGUCGGUUUAGACUCUCAGGCUGACGACAUCAGCGAAAAGCUGAAAGAAAUCUCUCUAAACGACGUCGACGACGCUCAAACGAGAGACGAACGAUGCUCAGUGUGCUUCCAGCCGUUAUCCUAUCCGGUGAAACUGCCGUGCGGACACGUUUUUUGUUACUUGUGUGUCAAGGGUUUCUCGGCUGUUCGAGCCGUGCGACGCUGCGCGCUGUGUCGAUGCGACAUUCCAGUCGAGUACGUGCGCAAGCCGGCUCUCGUCGACGAGGUCCGAGUCGAGGAGUCUCCGCUUCUAGACGAUGGAUGUUGGUGGUUUUACGAGGGAAAGUCGAACGGUUGGUGGAAAUAUGACGAGAGGACGGCGAGAGAGAUUGAGAAGGCGUUCGAAGGGAGGAAAAAGUCGGUCGAGGUGCAGAUUGUCGGACACAUCUAUGUGGUGGAUUUCGAGGUGAUGGCGCAGUACAGGAAGAACGAAAUAGGGCGGAACCGGAAGAUCAAGAGAGACAAACUCAAUCUGCGCGAGACAAAGGGAGUCGCCGGUCUGUAUUGUAAACAGCGGAGCGGUGAAACGCGAGAUGAGGGAGACGCGCCGCAAAUGAGUGAAGUAUGAAUGUAGAUUGACCUAGCUCCCUCACAUGUGGCCAAGAUAGCGUCUAGAAAUCAUUUUGUUCCCAAAUCGUUUACACAGCAAUAGAAUUUGUAGUCGAUUAGACUACCUUUUGUAGGAGAAAGAAAGAGAGACGGCAGUUUUACUGCUAUAAAAAUCGUUGAUCAUCUUGUUGGAUGUUGUUGUUUGGAGAAUGUCUGUUGAAUAGACAGAGAAAAUGUGAGACUUGGUGUGUCUAGUCCAGUACACUGAUGGAUGAGGACUCGUUUGUGUUGAGUCUAUAUGGGCAGUCGAUUUUUUAUCGCUCGUUUGUCACUCUGGUGCUUCAUCUGUAAUGACCUUGACUCUGGAAAAACAGUACUAAAAUA